AUGAUGGAUGAUAGAUCCAGUAAGCUCAUCUUGGUUCCUAUUUUAGCUGUCCUUUUUGUUAUGAUAGGGUACCAGUACAUAUGUCCCGCUGGCAGCAAUUCGUGCCACUUUAAGACUGGGGAGAAAUUCAGGGGGGUAAGCCUACUUUCCACCCCGUACCAGGACAGCGACGAUUUCUACCGAGAUCAAGACCUGGAGGAUGACAGCCCUCCGAAAGUACCGUCAAAAUUCAACUUCACCGAAAGAGACCUUGACAGACACGUGGAGUUCAACAUCAAAGGGGACGACGUGAUCGUGUUUCUGCACAUCCAGAAGACCGGAGGAACCACGUUCGGGAGACACUUGGUGAGGAAUAUUCGCUUGGAGCAGCCGUGCGACUGCAAGCCGGGCCAGAAGAAAUGCACAUGCCACCGACCGGGCAAGGAGGAGUCCUGGCUCUUCUCCCGGUUCUCCACCGGCUGGAGCUGCGGACUGCACGCGGACUGGACCGAGCUAACGAACUGUGUGCCUGUCAUUAUGGAUAAGAAGGAGGCCCAGAGGAAUAAAAGGAACUUCUACUACAUCACCAUGCUGCGUGACCCAGUCUCCCGCUACCUGAGCGAGUGGAAGCACGUCCAGCGCGGAGCCACAUGGAAGACCGCCCUUCAUAUGUGUGACGGACGCUCGCCCACCCAGGACGAGCUGCCCACCUGCUACAAUGGGGACGACUGGUCCGGUGUCACCCUGAAAGAGUUCAUGAACUGCCCGUCCAACUUGGCCAACAACCGUCAGGUCCGCAUGUUGGCUGACCUGAGCCUGGUGGGCUGCUACAACCUGUCCUCCAUGAACGAGAGCCAGCGUAACCACAUCCUUCUGAGCAGCGCCAUGAGCAACCUGAAGAACAUGGCUUUCUACGGCCUGACCGAGUUUCAACGCAAGACGCAGUACCUGUUUGAGCGGACGUUCAGCCUGCGCUUCAUCGCCGCUUUCACGCAGAUCAACAGCACGCGAGCCGCCAACGUGGACCUGAGCGAGCUCGUGCGCAGACGCAUCGAGGAGCUCAACUUCCUGGACGUGCAGUUAUACGAGUAUGCGAAGGACCUGUUCCUCCAGCGUUUCCAGUUCACCCGCCAGAGGGAGCACCAGGAGGUGCGCUUGAAGAGGCGCGAGGAGCGGCGCUGGCUGAGGGAGCAGAAGGAGCAGGGGAGGCCGUGGCCGCCCAAACAUAGAGGGGGAGGAAACAGAGGUGGGAGGAGGGGAGCGGGAUUGGAGAAAGGGACUGACGGUGACUUCCCCACCACCACCGAGGACUACACGAGCCAAGUGGCCCGCUGGUGA